CUGUGCAACCCGACUGACAUUUGCACUUCUACCUUCUCUCACUCCCCCUCCCCCUGCCCCUGCCCCCUCGCCCUCUCCCCGCCUGCUUCCUCCUUCCUCCCUCUCCCUCCAUCUCUCACCGAAUCGCUCCAGUCCUCCUUGGCCCUCAUCAUGCUGAGAUGUCUCAACUGUCUUGAUUGCCAUUCCAGAUCUGUACAACAACCUCACUCGCGGUACUUGGGCUUGUACGCCAGCGAGCCGCCAGCAUGAUGAUCCGCCAACCCACGCGCCAUAGUUUCCAUUCCAGUUCGGCCUCAGCUACCAGUCCGAAGCCAAAGGGCAUCUUUCCCUGGAGCAGGAAGAAUAGGAGUUCGAUUGGGGGCGCCUCUCUACCAGACCAGACUCCGCAGGAAAGAUUGAUGCCGGGGAUGGAGCUAGUGGUGCGGAAAAUGACUUCCGCCAUUUGGGUCCAGACUAACACCCGCCAGCGAGAUCACAGCGCGGACCCCAUCGUAAGCACGCCUCCCAUACUAUCCGAGAUCGAGCCCACAGGAACAAACACAUGGCCCUCGCCCGAUCCCUUCUCCGCGUCGACGCAUGACUCCGAGUAUAUAUAUCUGAAAGAAAGAAUUCGAAGAUGGCGAAAAGCCCCACUAGGAUCAGAUCCAAAAAAGGUGGACGCGGCGUGGGAGAUAUAUAAAAAAGUACGAGAGGAGUGCUUGCAGCUAUGCAAGAGUCUUUUAGAAAGGUCUCGUAAGUGAAUAGGGAAAAGCCUAUACGCUCCAGUUCUGAUCGACAUAUAGAGAAUGGUGCGCGAAGCCAGUCGCUCGAGUCGAGCGGCCCUAUCGACACUCGAUCCUCACAUAGCGGCUCCUUGGUCGAGGUUGCAUCAAACCUCGAUCCCAACGAUCAGCGCGUCGCAGCGAUACGCGAAUAUAUAUCAAUGCAAGAGAAUAUGGCGGAGAAUUUUCGAGCAUGUCUAUUGGCGACAUAUUUAAAGAACGAGCCAGGAGCAUCGGAACAACAAAUGGAGGUUUUCUUAGAAGAUGGAACGCUUCGAAAGAGCUUGAUCGCGAGAUGGAGGGAGACGAGCAUCCAUGCCAUGAAAUCCGAAAAGUUGCUGUUCUGGGAACAGUUCAAAAUACGUUCGCUAAAUUUUGACAAAUUAAAGCUCGACUUGCAAGCGAUUGCGCAACUGUUUGACGCCCCAAAUAUAGACGCGGCAAAUCCAAACACCAUUGUUCGCGAAUUUGUGAUAUCGGAGAACGGGGACACAAUUUUGGAAUUUGGGAACAAAGGGCCAGAGGAUUAUCCAGCAUUAAAAUUUCGUGUAUCCUCUCAUCACCUCGCCGAGUCCUCGCCAUUUUUUGCCGAGAUGCUCCUACCUAAACCCUCGUAUACUAGAAAGAACUCAACGGAUGGACAAUUCCCAGCGCCACCGAUCAGAAUUUUAAACAAAGAUGGCACAGAGGUCAAGGUUUACCGCAUGCCCCAGAUAGAACUAAAUAGGCAUGAAGCACUAACUAUGGUUCUGCACGCCGCACAUGGACACAAUACGAAGGUUCCUAGGCCCAUCGAUUUCCCAGUUUUUGUUAGCGUGGCCGAAGUGUGUUUAAAGUACCAAUGUACCUCGCCUCUGGAGUUGCAUGUGGAACAUCGAUGGCUUCCACCAUUGUUGACCAAUACGAAUGCAUGUGAGAGUAGUCCAGAAGGGCUACUGCUCAUCAGUUAUGCUUUUGGACAUCGGGAGCUAUUCACACGCAUGUCGAAGACAGCUAUCCUAGAUGCGUUGGAUGAUGAAGAGAUUCAAGAAAAUGAACUGUGGCCACAACUCGUGAAGGACAAAAUUAAGAAUAUCCGAGCCGCGAAACUUGCUCAAAUCCACGAAUGUUGUACAAAAGCUCUUCGGGAUUAUUUGAAUCCACCUAUGGAUUUGAGCGACAAUGCCCGUAGGUCCAGUGUUGGAUCUUUGGAACUGACCACUACCCCUCGCUGUCCAAAGCGCUCCCAUCUCUGCGAUGCGACGAAUCUCGGAUGGCUCAUGAUGGUCUACAACGAACUUCAUAUUCUUCCAAACCUGAUGGACAAGGUUGACUUUUCUGGCCUCCCGCAACCACCCCGAAGAAGCCUGAAAAGACUCGUCAAUUCCUUGCGAUUGAUGCCCAGUGCGCCUCAAGUAGACGAGGUCCAUUCGGGAGUUUGUGACUACGCUCCGUCAUUUAGAAGUGCUAUCGACGACAUAUAUAACAGUAUAACCGGCCUAACACUUCACGAUGUCACAGGUAGAUGGGGGUGGGCUCUCUCAAAGAACGAUCACGGGCCCGGUGAACCUUUACGGGAGGUGAUUGAACUACCCGGUGAUUCUGAUGUCACCAAACGACCUUCCACAAUAUUCAGCGAAAGAAUGAGCAUCGUCACUCAAGAUUCCGAAGACUUGAUAGAAGUUGUCCGCGGGCGGUCCUUAUCAACUGGUAGUUCAUACUCCCCCACAAACACCACAGCAUCAACACUCUUUCCCGCUCCAAAACCACCUCCCACUCGUCCCCAGAUCUUCAUCCCUUUCACCGACCACAACAUCGAUAUUCAAGAGUCCAAGAUUCUCACGUCCGAUAAACCAAAACUGACAUCCCCGCCUCCUCCAACUUCCCCCCCGCGCCCAGCAGACGAGGAAGACGAUUUGUAUGAUGUAUCUCCGCCGUUUCACGUCAUGUCUACUGAAGAAGCGAAUGAAUAUUUGUAUAAUUAUAACAGCCUCUCCUCUUCCAGUCUGCCACCUGGGGAUAAUCAGAAGGUUUUAUUGAUGGAUUUGGAGAGGGCGGGGGGCAAACCGAGAGUUAGUAGGAGAGUGUUCGUUGGGAUGGAGAGGGAAGCGGAUAAGGCGAGAACGGUGGUGGUAGAUGAGGAGAAGGUUUUGAGAGAAGAGAAGGAGGGUGUGUUGGGUGUGGGGUGUGGUUAAUGAAAUGGGCUGUGUGAAGAGUUGGAGCGAGGAGAUGGCUUGCUCGGGUGGGCGAGCUUGUGCGAUUUUGUUUGGAUAUGGUAUGGCAUGGUAUGAGAGGGAGUUUGGGUAUGCUUUCUCUCUCUUUGUCCGUCUGGAUUUUGGAAUCGGGGUGCGCACAGGAAAGGCUCGCGAAUGGAAGGGAAAGGUAUUUGGACGAUUGGAAGGGGGGUGGCGAGUUUGUUUUUGUUCUGGUUUUACUUUCCUCUCUCGUGUUUUUGCUUUUUCUUCUCCUGUUGCGCUUCCUCUGCCUCCUUUUGUGGCAUACUAUACCCCGUUGCGAUAUUUUGUAUUUUUGUGGAUUUCUUUUGUGAGGGGUUUGUGGAAUGUUUUGGUCGUUUUUUCCCUUCUAUAUUUGUGUUUCAUGAUGUAAUGAGCUUGCUCGAGUUGAGGGAUGAGAAUGGAUGGGCAAAUUGUGGACUUGAUGCGUUUUGAUGGCAUUAUGCGUGCGGUGCGUAUGAUGGUGGAUUGGCGGAUGUAUGUAUGGCGGUAUAUGAUUGAGAGGGUUCUGUAUGAAGGGUGUUGUAGUACGUAGCUAGGUCGGAAAGUAGUGGAGGCGAAUGGGCAUAGUUGGACGGCGAAAUCGGAGAGAGGAAAUUGAAGAUAUGACCGUGG